UAUCAGGGGGCGCUCCGGUCGGGUCACCAUUUCUGCACGAAGGUUAUUAGAGUAAGCAAACUACACUAAACAGCCAAAAUGUCCCUCUUUCGAGCUUCUGUAGGAGCUUGCCGUUAUGUUUUGCCGAGAACUAGGUUACUGGCAUCGCAAUCUGUCCAGUCAAGAACAUACGCCGACGGUCAGAUGCCGCUCACGUUUGCCUCGCCGGUAGAGACCUUCUACGAUAAAGUGGACGUGAAACAAGUGGACGUGCCGUCGUACAGCGGAAGCUUCGGUAUCUUACCGAACCACGUGCCCGCCUUGGCCGUGAUCAAGCCGGGAGUUGUCACAGUGUUCGAGAAGGAAGGAGAGGCCAAGAAAUAUUUCGUGAGCAGCGGAACCAUCUCCAUUAAUGAGGAUUCCUCUGUCCAAGUACUGGCUGAAGCAGCAGUUCCAGUCGACCGUCUUGACCCCCAGUUGUGCAGAGACGGCCUUACCAAGGCCCAGCAAGCUCUCCAAUCUGCGUCCAGUGACACUGCAAGGGCAGAGGCACAAAUCGAAGUAGAGGUUCACGAAGCGCUGGUGAAGGCAUUGGAGUAGAUCAUUGCUGCAUCUGUAUUACAUUAGCACCUACACUGACAACUUUGUAGGUUAACAAUAAACAGCUGUUCCACACUCA